AUGGAGGGUAUGCGUGCGUACUGGAUUCAGUGCGUGGGGUGGCGAGGCCCCAGUGUGCCAGUGAUGUUGGUGACGGCUGUUGUGGAGGCAAUAAGACUGAAGUUCCCGCGUCUUUUCCUGCACAUGCGUCACUUGGGGGUUGAUGUGCCGGCGUGGGCAGCACGGGGUUUGCAGGAUGCAUUUGCGCGUCUUCUGCCCUUUGAUUUUGUCCUCCGCAUUAUGAGUGCAUUUCUCUUUGAAGGCAGUCUAGCCCUGUGCAAAUUCUCGCUCGCCCUCGUUCAGCUUCUAGAGCCUGAGCUGAUGGCCUGCGACACAACGGAGGCAGCCGAAAGAGUCCUCUACCGCUGCAGCACAGACCCGCGGCUAAGCAUCAACGAAUUGUCUUCCACGGCCCAGAAUCUGAAGCCGCACAUUUGGCGAGUUGUUGGGGACGGCACCACAGGGCUGCAGAGCCCUUACCUUAUGUCUACGAAAAUUUUCUACGGUUUACAGCUUAUGUUUGUUGCAGCACGAAUUCUUUACAAUUCGUCCCGAAGGCAUCUCAAGGAUCAUAACUUCCUUGGACACCUGGGAAACACUUUGGCGCUGGUUGCCUGA